AUGGUACACACAACGCCGGAGCGUACGCGAUUCAUUCAAUUUGUUUACUUACGAGCGCCGCCGCGACGCUCCGGUCAAGGGCGCAGUCCAUCGGCCGCUCCGAACACGCCCAAAUUACCAUCCUACGGUCCGCGAGCUAUACAUAACGGCAGCGGCGGUGCUGAAGGCCACAUGCUGGCACCACGUGGUGGCGAGACCUUCGCGCCGACCACCAACUCCUCGGUCGUUUACUCCAAUUACGUAACACCCGUGUAA